AUGGCAACCGGGUUCCUCUAUACCAUCCCACUGCCCCCCGAUCGGACACUGCCGAUUAUCGAGCAUCAUACGAGACAAGACGUCCGGCCAGACGAGCCCUUCCACCUAUUUCCGAAGCUAUCAAUCGAAUUACGCCUUCUGAUCUGGGAAUUCAGCUGGCCCGAACCUCGAAUCAUUGAAGCCGCGAACACCAAGCAUGAUAUGGAGACGAUCGAAUACACAGGGAUCACUUUUCUACGGCCGGCAGCUACAUUACAUGAGUUACUGAAGAUGGAUUUUGGGGGUAACAGGCUUCUGGGCGAGGCGAAGCCUCUCGAACAGUGUCCUCCUCCUAUUGCUCUUCAGGUCUGUCGAGAAUCUCGGGAGCAUACAUUGAUCGACUAUCACAUCAUGCAGCACUCCCAGUGGCCCUAUUCGUUCUUCUUCAAUCCUUCUCGCGAUAUUCUUUGGCCGAGCCGAGAUCUCAAUGAGGAGCCCGGGUGCCGACGUGACCUUGAGAGCUAUUAUGGUGGGCAACUCGACAAAUUUUCGACACUCCUUAUUGAGGAAGCUGAGUGGGAUUAUGUUACACCAGCCAGAUAUACUUCCGACUUCCUGGCCAUGUUCAAAGGCGUCAAAACAAUUGUGCUGGUAUUUGGGGAGUACGAUGAGGUGACGGGUCGUCUGAUAACUGAAGCUAAAGCGCAUGAGUAUUACACGCGCGCCGAGAAGCUCCGAGUGCAGUUUGUAGAGCUUUGCCGAAAUGGGAAGUGCCAGGCGAGAACGCUCCAGUAUAUGGAUCGAACUGGCAGGUUCUAUUGA